AUGAAGAUUCUCAUUACUGGGGCCUCAGGCUUUGUAGGCCAGAACCUGGUCCAGCACCUCCUCAAUGAUGAAAGCGGGCAGUAUAGCUUGGUCCUGACCGACAUCGUCCUACCCACAGUUCCAAAGGGUGUCAAGUGGCCAGAGAAGGCAAAAUGCAUCCAGGCAGACCUCUUUUCCGAGGCCGCAGCCGUCGUCGAUGAGGACAUUGAUGCAGUUUACAUGUUCCACGGCAUCAUGUCCUCGGCAGCAGAGGCGGACUUUGAUCUGGGAAUGAGGGUGAAUGUUGAUUCAACCAGAUCAUUACUGGAGGUAUUGAGAAAGACCCGCUCAGGAGUCAAGGUCAUCUAUACUUCCGCCGGCGCGGUACAUGGCGGCAAGAUAACGGAACCGGUCACUGAGGGAGCGCGCACGACACCUCAGAGCUCUUAUGGGUGCGAGAAGAUGAUUUGCGAGUAUCUCAUCAACGAGUACCACCGCCGGGGGCUCAUAAAUGCUCUCGUGUGCCGCCUGCCUUCUAUAUCCGUUCGAGCUGGAAAGCCCACCGCGGCGGCGUCUUCCUUCAUCUCAGGCAUUAUCCGGGAACCUAUGAAAGGCCUUCCUUGCGUCGUUCCCAUUAAGGACAGGCAGUUCAAGCACACCAUCUGCACGCCGAGAACCCUUGCUUAUAACCUGAUCCACGCGCUUAGCAUCCCUCGUGAUGCGCUCCCAGACUACGACAGGGUAGUUAACAUGCCUGGUCUCCUUGUUACUGUGCAAGAUCUGCUAGAUUCGCUUGCGAGAGUCGGCGGAGAAGAUAAGCUGCAGUAUAUUACGGAGGUAGAAGACCCGAAAGUUAAGGCGAUUGUGUAUUCUUGGGCCACCGCGUUUGACCCCAGCAAAGGCUUAAAGCUAGGCUUGAAGAUUGAUCAGAAUUUCGAUGAUGCGGUCAGAGACUUCAAAGAUACCUUGUAA